CAUAACCAUAAGUCCCAAAAUCCCGCCUCAUAUCCCCCAAAACCAAUAUCACUCUCUCGACUCUCACCCACAGCCACCGUGUACGGCGGUUGAACAUCGCCGGAAAUGGGCAUCGUCAACCAAGAUGACACAAACCAACCUCUAUUGCAAGUGAAGCCCAAAAGCCACGAAGAAAAACAGUAUGAACUGAGCGUGGCAUUGGAGAGGGAGCUUUCCAGGACUGACGUUCCUCUCACUAAGCGUCUCGGCGCGGCGGUCGGAAUCGAGCUCCGCCUUCUGGUUCGGUUGGCGGCUCCGGCGGCGGCGGUUUAUCUGGUGAACUAUGUAAUGGGAGUGAUUACGCAAAUAGUUGCCGGCCAACUUGGGAACCUUGAACUCGCGGGUGCCUCCUUAGGAAACAAUGGUAUCCAAGCCUUUGCUUAUGGGGUCAUGGUACGUAUGUAUACGUAUAGUACUUUUUUCUAGCUGCUCUUCCUCUACACACAGUCACACACUAAAUAUAUGGAGUAAGUAUUGUGGACUGGAUGAAGUAAUGUUUGUUUAGAAAAGGUGGAAAUUUUCGGUGGAUAAAAUAAAAACUCACUAUAAUGAAACAAAUACUCUCUCCGCACUGUGAUCGUGAAUCAAACUGUAAAUAAACAGAAUAAUUUUUAGUAACAACAAAAUUUAGUGAUUUGAUUAUGACGAUAGAUAGCAAUAACACUAUCACUCCAAAGUGCAUUUAUCAAAAUCCAUCCAUUUUACUUGUUAGGAAUCUAUGAAUAAAAAUAUAAAAACUUGAUGAACAAUUAUUACUCAAAAUCUCAUGAUUUUGUUUUAAGUACUAUGGUUUUUUUUUUUAAAAAAAAAAUCGUUAGCCCUAGGCUAAUGUCUGCUUCCUUUUUUAAAAAAGUUUAUUUUUGUGAUUUUUUUGGGACUUCUUGGAGGUAAGGAAACAUGUAAGUUUUGUUCAAUAAUUUUAUUCGGUGAGUAGUAGACUGAUAAAUUAUAUUACUCAAAAUUCACUACCGUUCUAAUUAAGUUUUAAAUAGUAUCAUCCUCCUACAAUUCACUUUAACAUUUAUGUCAUGUUCAUCAAAUCCACUUUCCUAAAAUGGUGUUAUUGUGUCAACCUUGCAAGGGCUGUGACCGUUGCUUUUAAAUUUAUUAGUGAUUCGGUUUCGAGUAACAAAUUUGUAGAGUAAAGAAGAUUUUACACUAUUAUUAAUAUAUUUUCUCCUGAUCUUUGGGGUAUGUUAACCUUAACUAGAAGCAUCCGAUUCUUAAAUUAUGAAAUACAUGCUUAACUUACCGCACUCGUUUGCUUUUUUAUUAUUUGAUUGGUUUAAUGUGGUUAUCAUUAAAGCAUAUACUCUAAUACUUUCUCAAGUUAGUCAGGUAGUUUAAGGAUAUAAUUUUUGGGAUUAAGAUAAUAAAAUAAUUAGUCGAUGCAUAUGAAAUAUGGUUGCAUGUCUCAUCACAAGUCAUGGUCAUAGCUAGUAAGUUAAAUUUUAGUAAUUACAGAAAAUAUACUUCUCAUCUUUUCAGGUCAGCUUUUUGCGACCAAAGUCACAAGUCUCAUAAUUUUCAGUGGAAAAGAAAAAAAGGACUUUUGGUUGUGGUAUCACUCAUUGUCUUGUUAAAAAGUUCCAUCAUUGUUUUCCAAAUAAUUGUUGAGCAAAAUAUGAGGGGAAAAAAAAGUUGGCCAUUGAAAGUUUCUUCGUACAUGACAGCCAGUUAGUAAAUGUAGGUCCAUCAAACCAAUGCUUAAUCAUGUACUGAAAUAUCUUAGCUCUACAACAAGAGUUUUUUUAUUACGAGGUUUUGAAAUGAUAUUAAUCAAGAUACGGAGUCUAAAACGGUAAAAGGAUUUAUAAUGUGUGUCAUUAGAAAAUGAUAUCUUUCUCCAUCCUAUGUAAAUACUCAUGUUUUGCUAUGGUAAAUUUUGUAAUUUUUGUGCUAAAAAUUGGAAUAUUCAUAUUUCGUAGAGUAUAUAUAUUAUAAUCAGGUUAGGAAAAAUAAUUACAUAUACAAUAUUGGUUUUGGCAUGAAAAUGCGAGACGAACUCUUUUUUCAGAUCUUAAUAAAUCGAUUCUUUUUUGAAACAAAUGGAACAAAAAUCAUCCGUAAUAAAAUGUUAGAUUAUGUGAAUAAAGUUCUCUCUAACUCGUGUUUUAGUCACGAAUACAUAGCUUAAAGUUAUGCAAUUUGUAUGUAUCGAAAUCAAAUAUUAAAAAUCAGUUGUCUGAGAUGACAAAAGUAUUAGGUGAUAAAAAGAGGACAAAUUCGUUCCAUUUACUAUGUCUAGUACCUUUCGAUAUAAUUCAUAUAAGUAUCGAACCAAAUUUAGUAUAUUCAAAAGUGUUGUCACGGGUUCCUCGUGGAGCUUCAAGUAAUAUAAUAAUAUCAUGUCACUAUUUGCAUUUGGUACUUUUUUAUUUUCCCCUUCUUUUGUAUUGUUGUCCCUGAACCUCAAUUCUCAAUAAUUCAAAGUUUAUGUGACAAAGGGACCCUCAAGAGUUGUCCAUCAACUGUCUGAAAAAAUGUGAUAUAUGGUCCACUCAGAUUUAUAGUCAUUCCUCCUAGCUAUCUAGUAACAUACAAAGUACUACAGUUACUAAUUAAUUACUUCCUCCGUUCCAACAAAACACUGUAUAUUGUUUUACCUUAACAAGAAUCUUAAUUUAUUUGAAACCGAUGGAAUAACAUUUGUAUACUCUCCGUCAUUCUGUGCGACUCGUUGAAUUUUACAAUUCUCAGUCUCAUUUCUCAAUUCUCACAUUGGAAAAACUAUGGACCAUGAGCUCAAAAAAAUUACAUUUUCUCUAUGGAAAAACAGUGGGGAAUGGGAAGUGCAGUGGAAACCCUGUGUGGACAGGCAUACGGUGCAAAGAAAUUCGAAAUGCUAGGAGUAUAUCUCCAAAGAUCAACCAUUCUGCUUACCCUAACCGGAAUCCUGAUCAUGUUUGUCUACAUCUUCUCGAAACCGAUCCUAAUAUUCCUCGGCCAAUCCCCGGAAAUCGCAGCCGCGGCCGCGCUGUUCAGCUACGGCCUAAUCCCGCAACUCUUCGCGUACUGCGCCAACUUUCCGAUCCAGAAAUUCCUUCAGGCUCAGAGCAUCGUGGCCCCCAGCGCUUACAUUUCGGGUGCCACGGUUUUUCUCCACAUCUUGCUGAGUUGGCUCGCGGUUUACAAGUUUGGGCUCGGGUUAUUGGGCUCGGCAUUGGUGCUGAGUUUCUCCUGGUGCAUCAUUGUAAUUGGGCAGUUUAUAUACAUUAUGUUCAGUGAACGGACCAGGGAGACGUGGCGCGGGUUUAGCGUUCAGGCGUUCCAUGGCCUCUGGGAUUUCUUCAAGUUGUCGGCCGCCUCGGCCGUCAUGCUUUGCCUGGAAACUUGGUAUUUUCAGAUUCUGGUCAUGCUGGCUGGGUUGCUCCCUGAUCCUGAGAUCGCUUUGGAUUCUCUCUCCAUAUGCGUAACAGUCUUGGGAUGGGUGUUCAUGAUUUCUGUAGGAUUCAACGCAGCUGCAAGUGUGAGAGUGGGAAAUGAGCUUGGAGCUGGACAUCCCAAGGCGGCUGCAUUUUCAACUAUCAUAGUCACUGUGAUAUCAUUCAUAAUCUCCGUCAUUGUGGCAUUGGUCGUUCUUGCGUUUCGCCAUAGCAUUAGCUACAUGUUCACAGGUGGUGAGGUUGUCGCUAAUGCUGUCUCGGAUAUGUGCCCUUUGCUCGCCGUCACUCUCCUUCUAAAUGGGAUUCAACCAGUUUUAACUGGCGUUGCUGUUGGGUGUGGCUGGCAAGCAUUCGUCGCCUAUGUUAAUGUUGGUAGCUAUUACAUGGUCGGUAUCCCCAUUGGUGCGGUGUUUGGGUUUUAUUUCAAAUUAGGAGCCAAGGGAAUUUGGUCAGGGAUGAUCGGUGGCACAUUGAUGCAAACUCUCAUACUCAUUUGGGUCACUUACCGGACAGAUUGGAACAAAGAGGUUGAAAUAGCUCAAAAUAGGUUGAAGAAGUGGGAGGACAAGACUGAACCACUGCUGAACGAGUAAAAGUAAAAAGAGAAAUAUUUCCAAGUGAAAUAUUCGUUCUCAAAUAUCCUUAAAUUAUGUUUGAAUAGUGACUUUGAGAAGUCAUGGACUUCCAAUUGCCAAGCUAACGCGAUUGUUGUGAUUUGAUGAUGUUGUUAUGGAAUUGAUUAUUAAGAAUUUCAUCCUUAGCGGAACUCUGCUCUUGGUAUACCUCGUAUCAACCCCCCCCCCCUUCCCUUUUUUAUGGUAUAAGAAAUAUAUUGUCAACUGAUCAGUUUUCACUUGAUACGCCAUCUAAUGGCCAAGCCAAAAAUAUCAUGAAUUCAGUUUGGAAUUUAGAAACGUAAUAAACUGUUAUUAAUGUUACACUAUCUUGGAAGCUUGUACGAAAAUGUCUAAAUGUAUAAUUUUUCCGAAAAUGUAACUUAUCUCUCUAUUAUAUAGGGGGAAAAAAACCCGGAAAAGUUUGUAGCCGCACCUACUUACCCCUUUGGCUCUGUAUGCAUCAAAAAGAAUAGUCAAGGAGUACCUUAAAUUUGGAACACGUUGGGAAUCGAUGGAGGUGAUUGCGGAUUUGUAAUAGUAACGACGUCCUAGUUAGGAAAACUCCAUAAAGAUGUGAUGUUGGAAAUUGGAAUUGUGAUCAGACAGCAAUUAUUGCAUUUUGUUUUUCUC